GCCCGGCCGCACCGGCAGCCCGCUGCUCCGGCACAGAACGGGCACGGCCGGGGAACGACACCCGCCCCCGUGGAGGCGGUUGAUUCCGCCCCGGGCGCGGAGCUGCCCUGCCCGGCCCCUGGCACACGGGAGGCGGAACCCGGCGGCCGCCCCCGCCCCUCAACCGGCGGAGCGUGUCGGGGAGUUGCGCUCGGCGGCCGGAGCUCCGAAUGGGGCGGCGGAGGCGGCGCUGCUCGGCCUGAGGAGAGCCCGCCGGAGGCUCCCGGCCGGAGGCGGCCGAGCGCGGACGGCCGAUGGCCGGGCUGGAGGACGGCCGGGAGUGGGCGUACAGGGUUGAUCCGUAUGGGUUUGAGAGGCCAGACGACUUUGAUUACGCAUCCUACGAAGCGUUCUUUUCCAGAUACCUCGUGGUGCUCACCAGAAGAGCAAUAAAAUGGUCCAAGCUCCUGAAGGGGAAAAACAGCAUACAGAAGAGUUUAAAAGUGAAGAGAUAUAUCAGGAAAGGCAUUCCCAACGAACACCGUGCAUUGAUCUGGAUGAUCGUGAGUGGGGCUCAAACCAACAUGGAGCAAAACCCUGGAUACUACCAGAGACUGCUUGAAGAAGAGAAAAAUGACAAGCUGGUUGAAGCAAUCAAAACAGACAUGAACAGAACAUUUCCUGAUAAUGUAAAAUUCCGUAAAACGGCUGAUCCCUGCUUGCAGCAUACACUCUACAAUGUACUGGUGGCAUAUGGACAUCACAAUAAAGCAGUAGGAUAUUGUCAGGGCAUGAAUUUCAUAGCUGGAUACCUGAUUCUUAUUACAAAGAAUGAAGAGGAGUCCUUUUGGUUGCUAGAUGCCCUUAUUGGAAGAAUAUUGCCUGAUUAUUACAGUCCUGCAAUGCUGGGUCUGAAAACCGACCAGGAAGUCCUGGGAGAGCUGGUGAAGAUGAAAGUUCCAGCUGUGGCCGAGCUGAUGGAAAGACAUGGAGUCAUGUGGACCCUUGUGGUGUCACGCUGGUUCAUCUGCUUGUUCAUUGACAUCCUUCCAGUAGAGACUGUGCUCCGAAUAUGGGAUUGCUUGUUCUACGAAGGGUCAAAGAUCAUCUUCCGCGUGGCCUUAACAUUAAUUAAGCAACAUCAAGCUUUUAUUUUGGAAGCCACGAAUUUCCCCGACAUUUGUGACAAAUUUAAGCAGAUCACCAAAGGAACGUUUGUAACAGAGUGUCACACUUUCAUGCAGAAAAUUUUCACAGAACCUGGCAGUCUGUCCAUGGCAACAAUCGACAAACUCCGAGAGACGUGCAGAGAGAAGGUGCUUUCUCAGGGAUAGCUCAGCAGCAGGAACCAGGCGCUCAGACUCCAGAAAUGGACACAUUCCUCUUUUUGCACUGACUAAAGCACACUUUAAGCUUUCCAUGAGUUAACUGACACUUGACCAAUUUUUUCCUGCCUUCCAAGUAAGUGUUUUUAACGCUUUGUACUGUAUGUCAGACUUGAUAACUGGAACUACUGCAACUGGUGAAUUUGUCAUUAUUUUUUAAGAAUUGAAGUGUUUUCAGAGUAGAAUGUGAUCAGUGUAAGGACACUCCUCUUGAAGUCACUGUCCUUGUCUUUUCAGGGCGUUUUGUAAUGUUGAAACAGGUGUAUAGAAUUACAUAUCCUUCGUAUUGUAUUAACUAUGACACCUCUUACCAUUUGUACAAAAUAAAUCUAAUUUAAUUUGUCAGAGCCUUUUUUCUGGUGUUUUGUAUACUCACUUAAGGUUUUCUGGCUCAAAAGCUGCAAGGGCGCAGCACAUAACAAGAGAUUUGACUCAAAUGUAGAAGUAAUAUUUCUCACUCUGUACAAGGGAGGCUGUAAGUAGACACUGUACUUCUACUUUGUUCCACGCUGCUACUUUAUUCUAAGGUUACACUACAGACGCUAUAUCCUCACAUACCUGUGCUCUUGGGAAGGAUGCACUUGCCCAGUCGUUAGCUGUGAGCAGACUUCCUUCUUAAUAGGACAAAGCACCAGCCAGCUCCAAAGCCAUUCUUGAAUGCAAGUCCAAGCAUCUUUCCACCUCCUGGCAGGAAGAAGCAAAGCAGCAGCCCUGCCCUGCUGAAUGGCUCUGUCCUCACAGAGCCCUCUUGUGGCCACAUCCCUUCCCUCACCUUCAUGCUUUAAAAAGAAAGCUGUCAUUCUGAAUACAGUUCAACACACCAAAGCCUGAGCAGGCUCGCAUCCCAACAGAUGGUAAGAAGCUGACUUCACUGAGUAUCCUACCACCAUUUUCAGAAAGCAAUGCUGAGCAGGGCAGGCCUUUGUGCUGAUAUCUCUCAGCAAGCUACAAUUUCAUGUAAGCAUCAUCCUCCCCAGCUUACUGACACACAGCAGCUUUCCCUGUUGCCAAGGACAACUUCCACAACAGCAGGAAGUGCCACUUCAAACUGCUGUAUACAGGUAAACGCCACCUUUGUGGCAGAGAAGAAGGAACAAAGCUCUGGUUUAACAAUCCCACACUAAGGAUGACUGAAAGCUCUAAAAGUAGAGCCAAACCAAGACUACACACACAUCAAGUGGCCAACUGUUUUUUAGAAACUGAUGAGCAACGCAAGGGUAUACAGAAAAAAAGUGUCUUUAUUAGCAUUGUUACAGGCAAUGCAUACAUAAGAACUGAUCCUUAAAGUGUACAACCCCCCAGCCAAGUUUAAAGCAAGAGAAUCAGCAGAUUGAGACCUAUAUUGUACACAUGUGCAGUAACAGGAUCUCUCUGGACCUUCCAA